AUGCGUACUUACGAAGAUUCCUUCUCCGGAGCCAAGAUCUACCCUGGAAAGGGCAAGCUCUACAUCCGUGGAGACUCCAAGAUCUUCCGUUUCCAAAACGGUAAAUCCGAAUCGUUGUUUUUGCAACGCAAGAACCCUCGCCGAAUUGCAUGGACCGUUCUCUUCAGAAGACAACACAAGAAGGGUAUCUCCGAGGAAGUUGCCAAGAAGCGCUCCCGCAGAACCGUCAAGUCCCAAAGAGCUAUCGUCGGUGCCUCCCUCGAUGUCAUCAAGGAGCGAAGAAACCAGAGACCUGAAGCUAGAUCCGCUGCUCGUGAUUCCGCCAUCAAGGCAGCCAAGGAGAAGCGUGCCGCAGAGCAAGCCGCCAAGAAGGCCACCAAGGCAAAGACCAAUGUUUCCACCCAAUCGAAAGUCAGCAAGCAAGGCUCGAAGGGUAAGGCACCAAAGCCAAUGAACACCAGCCGUUAA